AUUACAUGAAGAGAUCAGCUUACCAGUUUUCUUCAGAGCAGAGGCUGAGCUCGGAGCGCCGGGUAGUACAGUGAGGGAGAGCCGAGGAAACCAGCGCGGUGCCUAGCAGAACUCCAGGGCUGGAAUCCCGAGACACAAGUGCAUCUGCUAGCUGUUAGCACUUGGCAGACGGAGUUCUCCUCUAGGGUAGUUCUAACUUUGGGUAAUAAUGUUUGUCAGCUACCUGAUAUUAACAUUGCUCCACGUUCAAACAGCAAUGUUAGCAAGACCUGGGGGAGAGAGCAUUGGCUGUGACGACUACCUAGGCUCAGACAAAGUCGUGGACAAAUGUGGGGUGUGUGGAGGUGACAACACGGGCUGUCAGGUCGUGUCAGGCGUGUUUAAGCAUGCCCUCACCAGCCUGGGCUACCACCGCGUCGUGGAGAUUCCCCAAGGAGCCACAAAAAUCAACAUCACCGAGAUGCACAAGAGUAACAACUACUUGGCCUUGAGGAGUCGUUCUGGCCGCUCCAUCAUCAACGGGAACUGGGCAAUCGACCGUCCCGGAAAAUAUGAGGGUGGAGGGACGAUGUUCACCUACAAGCGCCCCAAUGAGAUUUCGAGCACUGCGGGAGAGUCCUUUUUGGCUGAAGGUCCCACUAACGAGAUCUUGGAUGUCUAUAUGAUACACCAACAGCCCAACCCAGGAGUCCACUACGAGUAUGUCAUCAUGGGGACUAAUGCCAUCAGUCCUCAGGUGCCGCCUCACAGGAGACCAGGGGAACCCUUCAAUGGCCAGCUGGUGACAGAAGGUAGGAGCCAGGAGGACGGAGAAGGGAAAGAGAGACAUGAGGAGAAGGAAGACGUUCAUGGUGAGGCACCUGAAAUGUUCACCUCAGAGUCUGCGCAGACCUUCCCGGUCAGGCAUCCAGAUAGAUUUUCUUCCCAUCGACCAGACAGUUUGGUGCCACCAGCACCACAGCCCCCAAGGCGAAGCCGGGAUCAUAAUUGGAAGCAGCUGGGGACAACAGAGUGCUCCACAACCUGUGGGAAAGGAUCGCAGUAUCCUAUUUUUCGCUGUGUGCACAGAAACACUCAUGAAGAGGUUCCUGAGAGCUACUGCGACUCCAGCAUGAAGCCAACCCCCGAGGAGGAGCCCUGCAACCUCUUCCCCUGCCCAGCCUUCUGGGACAUCGGGGAGUGGUCAGAGUGUAGCAAAACCUGUGGCCUGGGCAUGCAGCACCGCCAGGUUCUGUGCCGCCAGGUGUACGCCAACCGCAGCCUCACGGUGCAGCCCUACCGCUGCCAGCACCUGGAGAAGCCUGAGACCACCAGCACCUGCCAGCUCAAGAUCUGCAGUGAGUGGCAGAUCCGUUCGGACUGGACCUCGUGCUCAGUGCCCUGCGGUGUGGGACAGAGGACCCGCGAUGUGAAGUGUGUGAGCAACCUCGGGGACGUGGUCGACGAUGAGGAAUGCAACAUGAAGCUCCGGCCAAAUGACAUCGAGAACUGCGACAUGGGGCCCUGCGCCAAGAGCUGGUUCCUCACCGAGUGGAGUGAAAGGUGCUCGGCGGAGUGUGGAGCUGGAGUGCGCACGCGCUCGGUGGUGUGCAUGACCAACCACGUCAGCAGCCUGCCUCUGGAGGGCUGUGGGAACAACCGGCCGGCAGAGGCCACCCCGUGUGACAAUGGGCCCUGCACCGGCAAGGUGGAGUGGUUCGCUGGGAGCUGGAGUCAGUGUUCCAUAGAGUGUGGCAGUGGGACGCAGCAGAGGGAGGUGAUUUGUGUUAGGAAGAACGCAGACACCUUUGAAGUGCUGGACCCCUAUGAAUGUUCCUUCCUGGAGAGACCCCCCAGCCAACAAUCCUGCCACCUCAAGCCUUGUGGAGCUAAAUGGUUUAACACAGAAUGGAGCAUGUGCUCCAAGAGCUGCCAGGGUGGCUUCCGGGUCCGGGAAGUGCGGUGUCUGUCAGAUGACAUGACUCUAAGUAAUCUCUGUGACCCUCAGCUGAAACCAGAAGAGAGAGAAUCUUGUAACCCUCAGGACUGUGUCCCUGAAGUUG